AUGGGUCCCAGCGCGUGGGAAUUUGCUCCCUACCGAGGAAGCGUGGUUGACUGGUUGUCGUAUCUACUCCGUAUUUUCGGAUUCGGAACGUCACCAGCUACUAUUUACGACUUUGGGGUGAUCAUCGAUCAUACGAUGGGCAAUCCCCAAGCAGCCGAAGCACAAGAACCGCAAUUAAGCAUUCAGGGUCUUUUAAUUGCGGUGGGCAAUCAACCCCGGCUCGGCGUGUCAGCUAAAGUGAUGAAUAGCUGGAAGGCGUCCAAUUCCCGGCCGGCUCUUGGCACCCACCCGGCACCACGACAAAUGGCAGUCUACGCUUUCUCACAGCAGUCAGAUUAA